AAUGGGGUCCGGGGAAGGACAGAAAUGGAAGGUCGGUUUGUGAUACUCGCAACGAUCCCUGCUCUACGGCCCUGUUUCAGCUUUCAUCUUGACUCUUGGGGGAUUUGGGGGUUCUUGGAACCAAAGCCUCUCACUCGAAUUUGGCCCGAAACAACUGCUCAAGACAAUUUGCGGAUAAUCCAGCUGAAGCGACUUUUGGUGUUCUUCAACGCAUGUGACUUUUGGCGAUACUUGGCGAGUGCAUGUGAGAUGCUACGGAUAUUCGGUCGAUGGCUCUUUCAACCUCGGUGUCCGCGAGACAGCUACACACGAUAUUCUGGUCCUCCUACUCAGUCGCCUACGCACCAGCCUUAGCAUCUUCAUGACGAUGCCUCAUGGACAAGACUGGAAGCUGGAUCGGCAGCCCAGAGCCUUGAACCAUCGAAGGAACUGAUCUAAACAUACUGCUUGUUUGAUUCACUCUGUCCAAAUGGCGGCUGAACGAUCCCAAUUCAUCCGAGUCUCUGUGCACCCCUCGCCACCAGCUGUUGGUAUCGUUGAGAUGAACGCCGUCCCACCGUUGACUGAACGACACUGAUUCUGAUUAUCACUGAUAUCGCGCACUCCCACCCUCAUAGUCAGAUCACCAGCUUGAGGUCAACCACAACCAUGAUCAAGGACCCAUCGAGGUCAACCCUAACAAACAUGCGUACUUUCUCAAUGCCCAAGCACGCUGCAUCCUCGCGGCGCCUCGCGGUUACCGGAAGGCACGGUCCGUGAUCUGUCCAACCCC